AGAAAGGAAGGCAGAGGGAGGGAGCCGGGAAGAGGCUGGAAGUGGGGACGGGACAGGGCGACAGCAGCAGCGGGGCAAAGCAGGCGGCCCAGCCGCUGGGCAGCAGCCUCCGCACCCCACCCCCCGGGCAAAGAGGGCCAGGACUUGCAGGGUGGCGGCAGCUGCCGAGGGCACUCCAGGAGGACCACAGCGGGAGAGCCCACACUGGCAGGGCGGCUGCCACCCCUGCCUGCCCCACCAGAAGGCGUUGCCCGCACCCCUGGGACGGGCCACCGCUGGGCUUUUCCACGCCGAGAGUCCCUGGUGAUGCUGGACCUUCUCACCUAGCGGAAAGUCAGGAAGGGGACGUGAAGAUGUCGACCCUGGUCGUACCCACGAUGCACACUCUGCAGAUUGGUACGAAUGGUGAGCAGCCCCACACUCCCUGUCCACCGGACUCCCCCGGACUUCAUAACGAGAGCUGCAACAUUGCUCCCCUCACUCCGUCUCAGUCCCCGAGGAAUGAAAUCCGGACGCGCCGAUCCCCUCCUUUCUCCGUGGUGGUGGCUAUUGACUUUGGGACCACCUCUAGCGGCUACGCCUUUAGCUUUGCCAGCGACCCUGAGACCAUUCAUAUGAUGAGGAAAUGGGAAGGCGGAGAUCCAGGGGUGGCCCAUCAGAAGACUCCCACCAGCCUCCUCCUGACCCCGGAGGGCGCUUUCCACAGCUUCGGCUACACCGCCCGAGAUUAUUAUCAUGACCUUGACCCAGAAGAGGCUCGAGACUGGCUGUAUUUUGAGAAGUUUAAGAUGAAGAUCCACAGCACAAGCGACUUGACCAUGAAAACUGAACUGGAAGCAGUCAAUGGGAAGAAGGUGCAGGCAUUGGAUGUCUUUGCCCAUGCCCUCCGGUUUUUUAAGCAGCAAGCUGUGCAGGAACUCAAGGAUCAGUGCCUCUCGUUGCCGGAGAACGGGGCCAUCCGGUGGGUGAUCACGGUGCCAGCCAUCUGGAAACAACCAGCCAAGCAGUUCAUGAGGGAGGCCGCCUAUCUGGCUGGUCUGGUGUCUUCGGAGAACCCCGAACAGCUGCUGAUUGCUCUGGAACCCGAAGCCGCCUCCAUUUACUGCCGGAAGCUGCGCCUCAAUCAGCUGAUAGACCUCAGCUACAAACCUCAGGCCAACGGCCUUGCUUCGGACCUUCCCAUUGACUCCAGCUUCAGGCAAGCGAGGGAGCAGCUCCGCCGGUCGAGGCACAGCAGGACCUUCCUCGUGGAGGCCGGGGUGGGCGAGCUGUGGUCGGAGAUGCAAACAGGCGACCGCUACAUCGUGGCUGACUGUGGAGGAGGGACCGUGGAUCUCACCGUGCACCAGAUUGAGCAGCCCCAGGGGACCCUCAAGGAACUCUACAAAGCAUCAGGAGGGCCGUACGGGGCUGUGGGUGUAGACCUCGCCUUUGAGAAACUGCUUGGCCAGAUCUUUGGUGAGGACUUCAUUGCCACGUUCAAAGCCAAGCGCCCGGCGGCUUGGGUUGAUCUGACCAUUGCCUUUGAGGCCCGGAAGCGGACGGCUGCACCCCACCGCGCAAACCCCCUGAACAUCUCCCUCCCCUUCUCUUUCAUUGACUUCUACCGGAAGCACCGAGGGCAGAAUGUGGAGACGGCGCUCAAGCGCAGCAGCGUGAACUUGGUCAAGUGGUCCUCCCAGGGGAUGCUGAGGAUGUCACCGGAGGCCAUGAAGGAGCUCUUCCAGCCCACCGUCAGCCAGAUCAUCCGCCACAUUGAGGACCUCAUGAGGAAGCCAGAGGUUAAAGGCAUCAAGUUCCUCUUCCUGGUGGGAGGAUUUGCCGAGUCAGCGAUGCUGCAGCACGCCGUCCAGUCCAGUUUCAGCAGCCUUUGCCGCGUCAUCAUCCCGCAGGACGUGGGGCUGACCAUCCUGAAGGGGGCCGUGCUCUUUGGCCUUGACCCCACCAUCGUCCGAGUGAGGCGCUCCCCCCUGACCUACGGGGUCGGGGUGCUGAACAGGUUUGUGGAGGGCAAACACCCGAAGGAGAAGCUCCUGGUCAAGGAAGGGAAGAACUGGUGCACAGACAUCUUUGAGAAGUUUGUCUCCGUGGACCAGUCCGUGGCCUUGGGGGAGGUGGUGCAACGGAGCUACUGCCCAGCCCGGGCGGGGCAGCGCAAGAUCAUCAUCAACAUCUACUGCUGUGCCACGGACGACGUGGUCUACAUCACUGAUCCCGGGGUGAGGAAAUGCGGGACCAUCAGCCUGGACCUGGAGGAGCUGGACGCGUCCCAGUCUCCCAAAAAGGGCCGGCGAGAGAUCCGGGCCAGCAUGCAGUUUGGCGACACGGAGAUCAAGGUGACCGCCAUGGAUGUCCAGACUUCAAAAACCGUGAGGGCUUCCAUCGAUUUCCUUUCCAACUGAUGUCCUGGAAAAUGGGAUGACUUUCAGCUUGGGGGGGGGAGAAGGAGCCGCUCAGCCCCUCCCUCUGCCCUCUUUUGCAACCCAUGAGCUAAGUCAGGUUAGACAUGGAAAGAAAUCAAAACCAGGGGCAGUGGCUAAAGACAGACACGGAUUGCACGGCCCGUCGAAGAAUGAGCGAGCUGUUGGGGGACUACAAUGUCCAGAAUCCCCAGCCAGCACAGCUGUGGCUUUUGGGAAUUGUAGUCCCCCGCUGCCUCCAAAAAAUAACAUCUCUUAACUCUUACUUGAGCCCGUAUGGCUUUUUACCUUGGCUCAUUACCACGGCGCAGCCACUCACAAUACCCACCUCAGCCCACAGCUUGCCUCUCAGAACUUUAAGGAAAGGCCCAAGCGAUGGUUUAUGGGAUUGCACAGUUCGAAUCCCAACGAAGCAAAGAGAAAUAUU